ACGUCGCUCGCCGGCACGCCGUCGCCGCGUUCCCCACGGCUCUUCCUUCCUUCCUCCGCCGGCGAGCUAUAAAUCCUUCCCGCCGACGCCAUCCCCAUGGCAUCCCGCUUCCGCGGCUCCCCUUCUUUCUCCUCCUCCUCCCCCCCGUCGUCGAAGGCUAACCCUUGGCCCGCCCCCUCCGCCCCGCCGCUGUACCCGACGCUCUCCAUGGCCGAUCUCGCGCCAGUCGAGAUAGGGCCCGUAGCCUCGUCGCCGACGGCGCCGGCCUCGCCCUCGGAGUACGACAACGCGCCGCCGCCGUCCGAGGACGUCCUCCUCCGUGUCCCCGGCGCGCAGCUCCACCUCAUCGACCGCAGCCGCAGUCACCCGCUGGCCGCCGGAGACCUCUCCCUCCUCCGCAUCCGGUCCGGCGACACCUCCCUCGCCGCCAUCGCGCUGCUCGAACCGGUCCAGUGGCCGCUCGCGCGCGACGUGGCCGCCGUCAAGCUCGACCCUUGCCACUACGCCUUCUCCCUCACCGUGCCGGCCUCUGCCGACGACCCCAGCCCGGACCCGCUCCACUAUGGGCUCACGCUGGCCCACCCCGACGCGCGCCUCGACGGCAUCCUCGCCGCCUACACCAGCUUCUCCGUCCACGCCGUGGUGGGAACCAAGGAGCUGGAGGGCAGGGUGCGCGACGAGGUCGAGGCCGCCGCGUACUGGACGGCCGUCGCGCCCAAUGUGGAGGCGUACGGCGGCGCGGUGGCCAGGACCAUCGCCACCGGCGCUGAGCACCUGGCCAAGGGGAUACUGUGGUGCGGGGAGGUGACCGUGGAGAGGCUCCGUUGGGGGAAUGAGGUCCUCAAGAAGAGGAUGCAGCCCGGCGACGCCAACGCCGAGGUCAGCCCUGAGAUGCUCAGGCGAAUCAAAAGGGCUAAGAGGGUGAGCCAAAUAUCUGAGAAAGUGGCAACUGGAAUUUUGUCUGGAGUUGUGAAGGUUACUGGUUAUUUCACAAGCUCGCUGGCGAACUCGAAAGCUGGCAAGAAGUUCUUCAACAUGUUGCCUGGAGAGAUUGUUCUUGCUUCACUUGAUGGAUUUGGAAAGAUUUGCGACGCCGUGGAGGUGGCUGGAAAGAAUGUUUUGUCCACAUCAUCAACUGUGACGACUGGGCUAGUAUCUCACAAGUACGGAGACAAAGCUGCUGCCGCAACAAACGAAGGGCUGGACGCCGCCGGCCAUGCCAUCGGGACGGCGUGGGCCGUGUUCAAGAUCCGGCAGGCCUUGAACCCCAAGAGCGUCCUGAAACCCACGACGCUGGCCAAGUCCACCAUCAAGGCCAAUGUUGCUGAGCUUCGCGCAAAGCACGGCAGCAAGUAGUUCACUCCUGCCACCGUUCGUAACUGGCUAGCUGCAGUGAUCUCGAGAACGAAGGAUGUGCCCAGCAAGUCUUUGAGCAAAGCUGCCACCGUUUCCAGUCACAGCAAGUCUUUGAGCUUCAUCUCGUUCUGUCACGACACGGAUGCACUGCUUCGAGCAGCAGCGUUCCCUUGUAAAUUUGUGUGCUGAAAGCCUGAAACUGAAACUGAAAGCUUACUCUGCUCUUGUGAGACUGUCCUUCUCAUGCCGAUGUUAAAGCUUUAUUGCUGCUCU